AUGGGCAAUAGCAGUUCCACAAUCAUCUUUCAAAAUUUUGGUAAUGUCAAUAAUAUUGAACCUGUUUGCGAGGCUAUAAAUAUUCCUGGGGUUAAGGAAUUUCCAAAAGAUAGUCUAGAAGCACAGUUAUAUUGGAUCGACCAAGCUGCGCUGAGAUUCUUGACUAUGAACUGGACCCUACACUAUAAGUAUCCGUGGAAUAACAAUGAAACUGUACCUGAUGGCGCGACAAGUCAUGGUGCAAUUCAAGGAACGAAAUGGGUUGAUCAGAAUUUCGGAGUUGCGGAGGUAUCUGAUUAUUUGCAGGUAAAGUAUUAUUUGGUUACAAAAAUUACAGAAGGUUUUAAACAAGCAGAACUUAUAGAUUUGAGUAAUAGUCUUGGCAAAAUUAUUCUGGAAUUACUUAAUGGCCCUGAACAAAGCUUUCGGGACCAAGCAACAACUUUUCCCAUCGGGGACACCAGAGUCAAUGUUUACUUUGGAGGAGGGACCUUCAAAAGUUUGAAGGGAAAUGUCGUGUUUAUUUCUUAUCUGAUUAGCUGGUAUACUCCAAAAUCUCUAUGUGUAUAA